GUUGGUUAGUUGGUUGGUUUUGGGUUUGUUUUCUUCAGGGGGGUUUGGUUUUUUUUGUUUGUUUGUCCUCCCUCCUUCAAGUUUCUGGUUACAGCAGAACCUAUUCCAGAAAAUUUGUAUAGACAAAUGAGUUUUACCUUCUAAGUUAUCCUUUUUUCCCCUCAGAUAAUCAAUUAUGUAACAACUUGCUUGGCUUACAAAACUGAUCACUGACUCCAAAUCAAGGUCUUCAACUGAAAUCUGCAGUAUGAUGAACAAGUGUUGUCAGUGUCACACAAGUGAAGAAGAAACUUCUGAUCCUUGAACUAGAAGCAGCUGUCUGCUUGUGUGUGCCCAGACCAAGUCUGUCCCCUUUGAGUUAAACUGUUCCCUGGCCUCUCCUGUGGCUUCUGGGUAGUCACCUUUGGCAUCCUUUGCCCAUGUAAAGGAACACUUUAGAUAGUUUCCUGUCCAGUAUUUCUACAGCAGUUCCUGGCAGGUGGCCAAGCAUGUGCUUGCCCUUUCCCCUGUUACACAGUAGCUGCCAACCAUAGCGACCAGGAUGGCUUCCAGGAGAUGUUGGAGGAAAGACAGGCUGUUUUGCUGCCCUGCAGAGAUCGGAUGGAUCCUUAUUUAGAGGAAGGACUUCUUGGAGACUCCCACAGAAAAGUAGUGAGCUGUUACAUCUGUGUUGCUGGCCCAGCUACUCAGACUGGGCAGCGGCAGAGCUUCACAGAGGACCUAUAAGUCAGGACUCAACAGGUUCCUAUGGGUCUAAAAGUAGAGAGAAGAACUGCAGAACAAGUUUUCUUCAUGUGAUUUUCACUGGCUGAUUUCUUCCAUACUGGCACAUUAACUGAAUAUAAUUAUGUUGGCUCCGUAGUGAUUGCAGUUGGCUACGGAUGUGCACGUGGGGAGAGAGCAGAGCAGAGCCAGUGCUGGGGGGAACGUGGUUCACAGACUGUGCUGCCUGGCACCACGUAAUUUUCCAGAGGAAGGACAGUGGACACAGCCAUCUGUCCUGAAGUUACUGCUGCACACCUAAACGUCAUAUGCUAGGUACAAUGGAGAGGCCUUCCUUGGAAAUUAACCUGCCUGAUACGCAUGAAGAAGGAAAGCUUUAUGUAGUUGAUUCCUUAAACAACCUAAACAAACUAAAUGUUUGUCCAGAUGAAUCCCAGCAUUCACUAGAUGAGGAGGAGAACGCUGGUGGCACUGGAGAAAACAUGGCAGGGAGCAACACAGGAAAUCAGUGUUUGUUCUUCAUCACUUUUAUUCUUACUUUGAUCAUCAGUUUGGCACUUGUUUCAUUUGUAAUAUUCUUCAUAAUUCAAACUAGAAACAAGAUGGACCAAAUAUCAAGCAGACUACUAUCUGAAAAGAAGAACAUAGAAGAGCUGAAGAAAAUUAACAAUAUUUUAUUAAAGCAUCUAAAUCAAUCAGGAAUUAAGGAUAAGUCUUCUGAUCUUCAUGAUUACCUAUUAACCCACGCUGAACUCAAAGUCCCUGGAGAAUAGAUUUUCUUUGGAAUGAAAUUUAGCAUAUUCAUGACUCAGAUAUUUUUACAUAUGUCACACAGGUUGCUUAAACAUUCUGAUAUGGUCACCGGAGCAUUGGAAAAGCCAACUGAAUGAAAAAUAUUAGAAAAUAAUAUUUUAUCCUGGUUUAUUUGGACGUAGAUUUUUAAAACUAAGCCCAUAGGAGUCACAAUAAACAACAGAUUGUCAACAAUUUGGGGCAAGAGUUCUGGAUUCCUUGUGUAUUGUAAAUUGCAGGGGUAAGGGCCUAGUUUUACUUUAAAUGUAAGUGAAUAAUUACAGAAAAUCAUGAUUUCUAUUCACAUGAUUCCAGCAUGACCUUGUUCAUUUAAUCAUUCUCCUGUUUCUUUGGUACAAGUUUUGUGUUUACUUUAAUGUUAUUUGUAUUUAAGGAUAACUUUGGAUUUCAUAACUUAUAAAUAAAUUCAUUUCUGCCAUAGA